GUCUAUGACAAUUCUGUCAGUGUCACACACCAAAACACAAUCCUCAAAAACCACAACAAAAGGCAUGCCUUCGAAUGGCUAGACCAAUCCCGGACAUCAAUUUACGCGACAUCUCAAAGCAAGAGGACAUCAAGCCCCGAGAGAGCAGAUCCUACUUCGACCUGACCUUAGACAGAAUCACAAAUAAUAGAUCCAGCAGGAACCUCGUCUUUGGGACGUUAAGCGGAUGGGUGGCCGGGGUUUCGGUCAUCAGAGUGGGAAAAGUAGCAGCCUUUGGGCUAGGAGGAGGCGUGAUUCUGCUGCAUUUCGCCAGCGAGCUGGGUUACAUCAAUGUGAACUGGGACAGAGUGAGAGAAGCCGCGGGACAGAGCCAGGCCUGGGUGGACAGGGUCAUGCAAUUCGUGAAGAAGAAUAGCUGCUUCUCUGUAGGCUUUGUGGGCGGAUUCUUCUUUGGCAUCGCAUCUACGUGAUAAGUUACUUUAUCAACAAAUAAAUAUAUCAGCGUAAGAUAAUGUUGAAGUUAAUAUAGUGGCAAUUUUACUGUAACAUUGAAGUAUUAUUCCAACUUGACUAG